AUGUCCGCUGAAGCCAAAUCGGCUCCUGCCACAGAGCAGAAGGUGAAGCCUACCAAGCCCAAUGAGGAGGCGUUCAAGGCCGACCUCGCACAGGCUGAGAAGGAACAUGCUGCGGUUCAGGAGAAACUGAACCAAGUCAAGGCCAAGAUCGAAACCGCCAAGCCCAACAACAAGGACUCGCCUGCGGCUAAGAGACAGCAGGAGCUCCGUGCUGAGCUCUCCUCCAUCCGUCAAAAGCAGUCGGGAUUCAAGGCGUCUCGGUCCAGCACCCAGGAGAAGAUCAAUGCUCUGGACAGCACGCUCAAGGCCCGCAUUGCGGAGCAGAACAACUCCAAGACCCGCAUGUCGUUCAAGAGCGUCGAGGAGAUUGACCGUGAAAUUGCGCGCCUCGAGAAGCAGGUUGAUUCCGGUACCAUGCGCUUGGUCGAUGAGAAGAAGGCCCUUGCCGAUGUUUCCAGCCUGCGCAAGCAGCGGAAGAACUUCGCCGGCCUGGACGAGGCCCAGAAGGUCAUCAACGAUAUCAAGGCCCAGAUCGCCGCCCUCAAGAAGACCCUUGACAACCCUGAGGCCAAGGCUCUGAGCGACAAGUACGCCGAGAUCCAGAAGGAGUUGGAUGCCAUCAAGGCCGAGCAGGACGGCGCUUUCAAGAACCUCAACGCCCUGCGGGACGAGCGCACUAAGCUCCACGGUGAGCAGCAGCAGAAGUGGACUGCUAUCCGUGAGAUCAAGGACACCUACUACAAGGCCCGCAAGGCCUACAAGGAGUACGAGGAUGAGGCCUGGAGAAUCCGCCGGGAGAAGCAGAAGGCCCAGCGGGACGCUUUCGAGCGCGAGAAGAAGAAGAAGAUUGCCGACAAGAAGCUCGAGGAGGCUUCUCGCCUGGCUUACACUGACGAGAUCCUUACCGCUCAGGGUCUUAUCCGCCACUUCAACCCCUCCUACGACUUCGCUGCUCUGGGUCUGGAUGACAAGAAGGACGAGUCCUCCCAGUUCCGUGCUGAGAUUGGCCGUACCAUCGAUGACUCCGCCAUGAAGGGCAUGAAGGUCCUGAAGAAGGACGAGGAUGACUACUUCGUCGGCACUGGCGGCAAGAAGGGCAAGAAGGGUAAGAAGAGCAACGCCAACGGCAGCGCUGCUCCCGCCGAGAAGUUCAACCUCAACGUUGGUAUUAUCGAGGAUUUCGCCAAGGUCAAGAUCGACCCCCCUAUGAACCAGACCGAUGUCCCCGCCGUUGUCGAGAAGCUGGCCGCUAAGAUCACUGAGUGGAAGAAGAACCAGGCUUCGAAGACCGAGGAGAACAUCAAGAAGGCCCAAGAGGAAAUUGCCCGCUUGGAGGAGGAGGAGACUUCUCAGGCCGACGACCGUGCGACUGACGCCGCCAAGAAGCCCGCUAUCAUCAACAGCGGUGUGAAUGGUAAGGUCUCGGCCGAGGCCGAGCUGAAGCAGGAGAAGGACGCCGCCGCCGAUGUGUCCGACGAGCUCCAGAAGGCCUCCCUCGAGGAGACGGCUUAA